AUGGGCGCUACCUCUUCCAAAGGCCGAUAUAAAGUAAACGACUCAUCUCAUGAUACUUCCUACUUGCUGGAUCAAUUUGUAUCCAAUCAAUUAUUAUUCGAAAUGUAUGAUAAUGCAACCCUGGACUACAUGCAACAAGCGGAAGAAAACAACGAUGCCCACGCCAAUUACCAACUGGGUAAUUUUUACCAUCACGGCUUAGGCUACAAAUGCAACAAAGAUUUAGAAAAGGCGUAUCAAUAUUACGAGAAAGCAAUUGAACAAGAACAUCCUACAGCCAUGUAUAUGAUUUGUAAAUUGUUCGGUAGUGAUAAACGUAAAAAUAGCCAGGAUUGUGUCAAGCUCAUGAACGAAAAGAAGUUAAUUAACAUGAAGGCACGUUAUUAUAUUCGAUCUGCAGCCCAAGAUCCCUAUUAUUCCAUGGCUCACGAAGAAUUAGGUUAUCACUACGUUUAUUCUCCCGUUUGGAGGCGUGAAAUUAAGGAGAUAUUCAGUAGUUAUCGGAAUAUCGUCAAAAAUUCCAAUCAAUCAUCCAAAGAAGAAUUAGCUCGUAUUUAUAACGAAUUAGGCUACUUAGCCGUACGCUUGAACGCUAAUGAGGAUCAAGCAGUAUUUAGAAAAGCCUUUGAUUUUUUCAAGCGUGCUGCUGAACUUGGCAAUCCAGCUGGUUACUUCAAUAUCGGUGGAUGGCUCUAUUACAAUGGUUUCGGUGUCGAUAAAGAUGAAUCCAAAAAAUUGGAAUAUUACAAGAAAGCUGCUGAUGAUGGCCAUCCUCGAGCAUUGUAUAUCGUCGCCAAUAAUUAUCACUUUUCCUAUCUUGAAAGUCGUAACGAUGAAUUGGAAAAUGCUCUCGACUUGUUCCUCUCAGCUUCACAGUAUGGCUUUGCUGAGAUUUUGUAUUUCAUAGGAGAAUUUUUCUUGUAUGGAAGGGGAGGUGUCAAGCAAGAUUAUGAGAAAGCUCGUGAUUAUUUUGAACGAGCUGCUGUUGCUACUGAUUUUACUACCGGCAGAGGAAACGCAUGGUCCAACUACGUUCUAGGCUAUAUGUACGAGAAAGGCCAUGGUGUCGAGUGUGACUACAAUAAAGCAGCGCAUCACUACGCUUUAUCGGCUAAAAAGGAAUACUAUGUAGCUUAUUGCAGGCUUGCCAAAUUAGUAGAAAAGAGAAAGUUGAAAACUUCCGACCUUUAUACUGCCGUCGAGUUAUAUCAAGCAGCUGUAGAUUCUGAUGAUGAUUUUGCUGUUUGUUAUGCUCUUUAUCGACUUGGUAAAAUUUAUGGUAUCCCAGACAGUGGCUUUUACGAUCGAGCUAAAGCGACCAGCUAUCUUCGCGCCGCUCAAGCCAAUCAGUUAUAUGCUGUCAAAAUUCAAGAUACGGCGGUAGUUGGUCAAUUGUAUCGAAGUGGGGUAAUGUACGAAAAGGGAUUAGGUGUUUCUCCAAAUAGAGAAUUGGCAAUAAAGUACUACCAAAAAGCCGCUGAAUUAUCGAAACAGAGUUACAAUAUGUUUGAGAGGUAUAAUGGCGGUAAGGCACAGAAAUGUUUUGAUAGAUUAGCAUUUCGAGGGACAGCCGAUGCUGAGGAAGCGAAUGAAGAAGAAAAUAUAGAACACCAUAUCAAGGAAAAUUUGGAACAAGCAGAAAUUACCAAUUCAUCGGAUGAUGAGCAACAGUAA